CUCCCUCCUCGCACGACCUCCUCGUCCGCCGCUCUCACCUCGCAGGCUUCAAGAGGACACGCCCGACAAUGAUGGACGACGUGAGGCUCAUUCUUCCUGCGUACCGGUGUCAGUCUACUGACGCGAGUCCAGAUGGACAUGGACACCGUCAUGGACGUUGGCGGGUCGGCACCCCCACCACAGCCCCAACUGAGCCACGCGCCCUCGGGCAGCCAGCCCCCCUCGAACCAAGACUUCAACUCCGCAUCUAAUGGGAUGCCCAGCAUUGUGGCCGCUACAAUGCAAGCUUCACUUCAAGCCCGCGACCCCUUCCGGGACAUCUCAGUGAAAGUACACAUCCGUAGGCCUGACAAGGACUCAUGGACCUAUCUUGGCCGCGCCCUCGUUGCCCAGGAACAGUCGCGCAUCGUCGUACGCUCUGCUGCCUCCCGCAAGAUCAUGACCACUUUUGGAGAGGACGCCCCUCUUCAGGCUGAGAAGCGCGGCAACUUCGUCGUAGUAGGUUGCAUUGAGGGCACCCGUGUGGUCUCAUGGUCCUUCAACGCUCAGAACAACUCGGAGACCCUCCGCUUGCUCGCCAGCAUCGAGCUCACCUGUGACUCGCGCAGGUUCUCUUCCAACUCUUCUCAGCAGAGUUCGCACCGUCGUCUCAUCGCGCGCAUGAUAAAAGACGACCGCAGGAAGCGUCACAGGCGCCGCAAGGAUACAGACAACCUCGUGGCGGCGCUGGAGCGCACCGGGCUCGACUCGACGCCCGCGGACCAACCUAUGGCCGCCGCGGAGCCCGUCGCCGUCCAACAGUGAUGUCGACUUGUGCGGACGCCGUUGGCGACCGCCGUCACCGGUGCGCGCAGAAGCCAAGAGCCUUGUGUAAAUGUAUACUAUCCGUUCUGUCCACCGUCGACGCACUGUACGCCUGCUCUGCUUAUUCUCCACUUGCAUAUGUAUCCAGAGGAACUGUCUCUAGUAGCACCGCAGAGUCUGUCUCAUCCUCCUCAUCAUAUUUGCUUCUCAAUCUCUCAGCCUCUCCAUCUCUCAUAUCCCUCGCUACUUACAUCUUGAUGCCUGGACUGCCGCGACGGAGUAUACCUUCGUCUCGAUGUCGUUCGCACUCGUAGAUCGGGCUCAC